AUGUACUGCAAACACUCACACACAUCAACAGCUGCCUUCGACGCACUGCGAGCCAGCUUCGAAGCACUGAACGACAAAGUGCCCGACGUCAACGACGCUGACAUUCACUUUCUCAAAGGACUCAUUGAGUCGCCUGUCGUCCAAAAUCUCCUCAAAGUCCAGGAGAAACUCGAGCUCACCUCUGCCGCUGACCUGUUGAAUAAUGCCCCAGAGUGCACCGAGCUUUUAGACUACAACUUUAGUGAAGUGCUGAGUGAGGUGCAGUCAGUGUGCCAGAAGAUGUCCGCUCGCAACCAGGACGCUCGUUCGUUGUCGAAGAUACUGGAGAAUCCGCAUUUGGAGGCACUGGUGGAGGCGCACAACAACGUCGCCCACGGCAACUACAGCGAGGCCCGACUGGAGGAGUCCUAUGAGAUGGACAUGAUCAACAACGGAGGUCCCGAUGAGAUGCGCAAUCUCACGCCCAGUGCCAUUCGAAUGGUCGGCAUCAGAAAGUCGAGCAAUGAACCACUGGGCAUGACGGUCAAAGUGGAAGACGGUCUGGUGGUCAUUGCGCGCAUCUUUGCCGGAGGACUUAUUGACAAACAAGGCCUCCUUCACGUCGGCGACAUUAUCCUCGAGGUGAACGGACAGGAGAUCAGUUCACCAGAGCAGCUACAGGAUCAGCUGAAGAGGUCAACGGAAAGUGUGACUUUCAAGAUAUCGCCCUCUUCACGAGACACCUUUCCAGCUACGCCCUGCUACAUGCGAGCUCUCUACAACUACGAUCCGAGCGCAGACAAACUGCUGCCCUGCAAAGAAGUGGGCGUGGAGUUCAAGCAGGGCGACAUUCUCGAGGUGCUUAACCAGGAGGACCCCAACUGGUGGCAGGCUCGUCGAAUUGACUCGGUGAGCACUCGAGCGGGACUGAUUCCUUCGCAGGAGCUGGAGGAACGACGCCGGGCUUUUGUCCGCCCUGAGUUUGACUACGCUACAAAGACGAGCAUUUGCGGCACUAAGAUUACCAAAAAGAAGAAAAAGGAAAUGUACCACCUCCAGGCGAAUCACGAGUUUGACAAGGCCGAGCUGGCCCUCUACGAAGAGGUUUGUCGUGCGCCGCCCUUUGAACGAAAGACGCUCUUUCUCGUCGGCGCCCAGGGAGUCGGUCGAAGCACACUGAAGAACCGAAUUGUCAACUACGACCCAGAGCGAUUCGAAAUACCUCUGCCACACACCUCGCGCCCAAUUCGAGUGGGUGAAAUCGACGGGAAGCAGUAUUACUUUGUGUCUCGAGAGCAGAUGGAGCGAGAAAUAACCGAGGGCAAGUACCUCGAGUACGGCGAGUACCAGGACCACCUGUACGGCACCAAACUGGACACCAUCAGAGAAGUCAUUCGAUCGGGGAAAAUGUGCGUCAUUGACUGCAAUCCACAGUGCCUGAAAAUGCUAAAGAACGCCGAGUUCAUGCCUUACGUAGUGUGCAUUGCCGCUCCCCCACUGGACCAGCUUCGGUACAUCAACGAGGUCAAUAAGAAUAACACAUACGGCUCCCGAACCUACUAUACGUUUGACCGAGCAGUCGGCCGUUCUCGACGUGCUCGCACCAUGCAAAGCCUGGCAGAGUUCUACGAGGAUGAGGACUUGCAGGCCUCCAUUGAUGAGAGUGCCCGUAUCCAGCGUGCCUACGAGAAGUACUUUGACCUGACCAUCGUCAACAGCAACUACGACAAAACAUUUGAAAUACUGCGCGAUGCAGUCGAUGCACUGUCCAUUGAACACCAGUGGGUGCCCAUCAACUGGAUCUACAACAGCGAUUGA